AUGAUGACCAUGGUGUUUGCAGUGGAGGAAAUUAACCGUGAUUCAAGGCUGUUACCAGGUGUUAAACUGGGCUACCGGAUCAUGGACAGCUGUGACCAUGUCCACACCAGCAUGCAAGCUCUUUUUUCUUUAAUCAUAGAAAAUGCAACAGAGGACAGGAUGGAGAGAAGUGCACAAUCCGACAUUUUGCCCUCUUGUUUGGCUGGUUCUCCUGUGUCUGCUGUGAUUGGUCUUGCGUCUUCUUCCCCUACAAGAGCUGUAGCUCACACUCUUGGUCCUUUCAACAUCCCGCUGGUGAGUUAUUUUGCCACAUGUACCUGUCUUACUGACAAGCAUACAUACCCUUCAUUCUUACGGACUGUGCCAAGUGAUCUCUUUCAAGUUAAAGGCCUUGUACAGCUGGUCACUUUUUUAGGCUGGCUCUGGGUGGGAACAAUAGGGACCACGGAUGAUUACAGUCACUAUGGCAUCCAAGCGUUCUCUAGUCAGUUCAGACAGCAAGGUGGGUGUGUGGCAUUUCAUCUGACUAUCCCCAAAUCACCCACAGCUGCUGAGAUACAAGAAAUGGCAGACAGGCUGCAGAGUUCAACCACACAGGUCGUGGUGGUUUUUGCCACAGAGGGACAGCUGCUGGAUCUGCUCUUAGAGGGUACACUGGGCUUCGCCUUCCCCGGAGUCAGAAUCCCCGGUUUGAAAGAGUUCCUGCUGAAUGUUCGACCAUCUCCCACACCAGGAAUGGAAUUUGUUAACAUGUUCUGGGAGGAGUUAUUUGGCUGUAGGCUACAGUUUGGAGGAGACAGAUCCAAAGAAAAUGCAGCAGAUAUUCCUGUCUGCACAGGUUCAGAGGAUCUGAGUAACACAGAAAGCAGUUAUACCGAUGUAUCCCAGGCAAGAAUAUCCUAUAAUGUGUACAAAGCUGUAUAUGCCAUCGCUCAUGCUCUGCACACUUUACUGAACUGUGAUUCUGCAGAACUUAACAUGGGAAUGUGUGAGAAACAUAAAUCAUUUACCUCUAGACAGUUGCUGGAUCAUCUGAAGACAGUAAAUUUUACCAACCAGUUUGAGGAGAAGGUAUAUUUUGACUCCAACGGAGAGCCGGUCCCUCUGUAUGACAUCAUUAACUGGCAGAAGAACAGCAAGGGUGAAAUUAGGUUCAUCAAAGUGGGAAGCUAUGAUGGGUCAACUCCACUGGGACAACAGCUGCAGUUGGAGCAAAGCACAAUUGUAUGGACAAAAGGACAGUCACAGGUGCCUGUAUCUCAGUGUAGUGCUCCAUGCCCAUCUGGCACCAGGCAGGCCAGACGUCCAGGAGAGCCUCAGUGUUGCUUUGACUGUUUGCCCUGUGCAGAUGGAGAGAUCAGCAACCAGACUGGUUCCACUGAGUGCACAAAGUGUCCUGAGUUUUACUGGUCAGACAAAGAUAAGGUGAACUGCAUCGCCGGGAUAGAGGAAUUUCUGUCUUUCUAUGACACCAUGGGUAUCGUCCUGGUCGUGCUCACCCUACUGGGUGUUGUCCUGACAACAAUCAUCACCACUGUCUUUCACCGUUUCCGCUCUACACCCAUUGUCAAGGCCAACAACUCAGAAAUAAGUUUUUUACUUCUCCUGUCGCUCAAGCUCUGCUUCUUGUGUUCCCUGUUGUUCAUUGGCCAGCCAUCUGUGUGGACAUGCAGGCUCCGCCAGGCAGCAUUUGGGAUCAGCUUUGUUCUCUGUCUGUCCUGCCUCCUUGUUAAGACCAUUGUAGUUCUUUUGGCAUUCCAGGCGAAUAUACCUGGUACCAGAGCUCUGAAGCUGUUUGGGCCCUCCCAGCAGAGAUCUCUGAUCCUCGCAGCCACAGCUCCUCAGGUUUGUCUCUGUGCUGGUUGGCUGUUGGCCGCACCUCCCUUCCCAUUCAAGAACCCAACCUAUCAAGCCUCAACUGGAAAAAUUGUUGUGGAGUGUAAGGAGCCAUGGCCUCCUGGAUUUUACCUGGUCUUGGGCUAUAUUGGCCUACUGGCGUUCCUCUGCCUCCUCCUGGCAUUCCUCGGACGCAAGCUACCUGAUGCGUUCAAUGAGGCAAAGCUCAUCACCUUCAGCAUGUUGAUCUUCUGGGCCGUAUGGAUCUCUUUCAUCCCAGCUUAUGUAAGCUCUCCUGGCAAAUUCACCGUGGCUGUGGAAAUAUUUGCGAUACUAGCCUCCAGUUUUGGACUGUUACUAUGUAUUUUUGUGCCCAAAUGUUACAUAAUUUUACUUCGGCCUGAAAGAAACAUUAAGAAAGGUCUGGUAGCAGUGAAAGCAGCCAACACUACCAGAGUCUUCCCCAGAAUGCAAGAGAUGCAAAGUGAAAAUGUGAUGCUAAAGGCAGUGUGGCGCAGCAUGCAGGACCAAGAUGUUGGCUUUCCAAUGAAAACCAGAGAACACAGGAAACACAGAGUCAGCGCAAACAGGAUGAAGAAGCUGAGUUCAGAAAUAUUUGACAUCACUGAGCUGGAGUUUUCCUUCAAACCUAGGCCAAACAUGGCAUUGUGGGCUGCAAAGCUUAUUAUGUUUCUUUCUCUCUUUAGGGGCACACUUGGCUCAGCUGCUCUGGAUAGCUGUGUUUUCUUGGGGGAAGAGGAGAAAAACAGUCUAUACGAAGAUGGAGAUGUAGUUAUAGGGGGCUUAUUCCCUCUACACUACAGCCCUGAGUCUUCUCUUCCAACAUACAAAACCAAACCAACUCUUACUAUGUAUAAUUUCAAAUCUCGUGCCUUGAGGUGGAUUCAGACCAUGACUUUUGCAAUCAAAGAGAUCAACCAGCGCAGUGACCUCCUGCCACAGCUCAAGCUGGGUUACCACAUCCGUGACAGCUGUGAUGACAUACCUGUGGCUCUGAGAGAACUGUUGCUGUUGGUAAAUGGCCAACCAGAGAGAGGGUCAGGAGCUGAUAGUAUUAAAAAAGACAAAGAUCUAGAAAGAAACAAUGGUUCUAGCUUAGGCUGUGCUGCUGUACACAGGACUGUGUCCCCAGUUAUCGUAGGAGAUGCUAGCUCUGGGAGUUCUGUGGCUCUGCUAAGAAGCCUGGGUUCUUUCCAUAUCCCACUGGUGAGCUAUUUUGCAUCCUGCAGCUGUCUGAGUGACCAAAGGGAAUUCCCCACCUUCAUGCGCACGAUGCCUAGUGAUGCCUUCCAGAUCAGAGCCCUGGUCCAGCUGGUUACCUACUUUGGCUGGACCUGGGUGGGAGUCAUUGGCGUGGACUCUGAUUAUGCUCGCUUUGCCAUCCAGCUUUUCCUACAGGAGUCAGUGCAGUAUGGUGUAUGUGCUGCCUACACUCAUCUCUAUCCUGUAACUCUGAGUCAGCAGGCUCUAGAUAAGCUUCUGGAAUGUUAUUCAGGUACCUCCAUGGCAUCCUCAAAGGUCAUCAUUAACUUUUGCAGUGAGUCAGAGAUGCAGGGCAUUCUCACAGAAAUCAGACGUCGGAAUAUAACUGGCCUGCAGUGGAUUGCCAGUGAGGCCUGGGCCACUGCCACAUUGCUCUGGGAAAAGUUUGGAAAUCUCCUGACUGGAACUCUAGGAUUUGCCAUCCAGAGAGCUGAUGUGAUUCCAGGGCUGGAGGAACAUCUCACCAGUGUCAGACCCUCAGAUAUUCAUAAAUCUACUUUCUUAGCAGAAUUUUGGGAAGAGACGUUUAACUGUCGAUUGAACGGGUCAGUGAACAGCCACUUCCACGGGGUUGGCAACUACCUUGACAGAUUGCCAUGUAAAGGGACAGAGAGUUUAGAUGAUGUUUACUCUCCUUAUUCUGAUGUGACACAGCUACGAGUGUCCUAUAACAUCUACAAAGCUGUGUAUCUGGUGGCCCAUGCCUUGCAAGAUAUGAGUGACUGCAAAGGUGGAAAAGGUCCUUUUUCUAAUGGCACCUGUGCAGAUCCAAAACAUUUUAAACCUUGGCAGCUCAUCCACUACAUGAGGCGUGCUAAUUUUUCUGCACAGGGGGCAAAAGUCAAUUUUGAUCAAAAUGGUGACCCCAUUGCUUAUUAUGAUCUCUUGAACUGGCAGAGGAGUCCUGAUGGCUCACUGCAUUUAGUUAAAGUAGGUUUCUAUGAUGCCUCAUCGCCUGCUGGAUACAGCCUGGUCAUAAAUGACUCAGUGAUUCAGUGGCCUGUCGGGAAGCAGGCUUCCCGGUCUGUAUGCAGUGAUAGCUGUCCUCCAGGUUCCCGUGUUGCCAGGAGAAAGGGGGAACCCAUCUGCUGUUUUGACUGUGUCCCCUGUGCUGAGGGAGAAGUUAGUAAUGAGACUGAUUCUUUAGAGUGCACCCGCUGCUCAGAGGACACGUGGCCCAAUAGAGCCAGAGACCUCUGCAUCCCAAAGACUAUUGAGUACCUGUCUUAUCAUGAGUUAAUGGGUAUCAUGCUGUGUGUUGUAUCUGUACUCGGAGCUUGUAUUUCCCUCUCCAUCCUUGCCAUAUUCUUCAUGUAUAAAGAUACACCACUGGUUCGGGCCAACAACAUGGAACUGAGCUUCCUUCUCUUGGUGUUCCUUGCUGUCUGUUUCCUUGUUGGUCUAUUGUUCAUUGGUGAGCCUUCAGACUGGCUUUGCCGUAUCAGGUAUCCAACAUUUGGGAUCAGUGUUGCCCUCUGCAUUUCAUGCCUCCUGGCCAAGACAGCAGUGGUCCUAAUGGCUUUCAGGUCCACAUUGCCAGGAAGUAAUAUGAUGAAGUGGUUUGGACCCAACCAGCAGAGAGCCAGUGUACUUUUCGGAACAGCUGUACAGGUAAUAAUAUGUCUUAUCUGGCUGCUCACCAGCCCACCUCAUGCCAACAGCAACACAGAUUACCACAGUGCUACCAUCAUCAUGGAGUGUGUUACUGGUUCAGAAGUUUGCUUCUGGUGUGUUCUUGGAUACAUUGGCAUCCUGGCCUGCAUGUGCUUCCUAAUGGCUUUUCUGGCUCGAAAGCUCCCUGAUAAUUUUAAUGAGGCAAAGUUCAUUACCUUCAGCAUGCUGAUAUUCUUUGCAGUGUGGAUCACUUUUAUCCCAGUUUAUGUGAGCACAGCUGGAAAAUACACAGUGGCUGUCCAUAUUUUUGCAAUUUUAGCUUCAGCAUUUGGACUUCUUUUCUGCAUUUUUGCCCCAAAGUGCUAUAUCAUAAUUUUGAAACCAGAAAAAAACAGUAAGAAACACAUGAUGCAAAGGUGA